AUGUAUCUCCCUCCUCUAGACCCCUCAUCAAUUCCCACCUCUUCCUCUGCGAGACCAAUUCCGAGGAUGAUGCUACAGAGAUGCGAAAAUGGAUCUAAGAUGAGGAAGCUGAACGAUGAUGUUGUUGAAGAAGACAAUAACACAUUACAGAUUCAGCCAAACAUCACACAUGCAAAUGAGAAGAAUCUUGUACUUGCCGAACCAGAACCAGAACCAGGUUUGGUUCCUUAUACACAAGAUCCCACAACUCAAGUUACUGUUUUCUGGACUCAGAAAGUAUCGGCCAAAGAACAGUUGUAUACGUUAUGUGGUGUGAGGCAUUGGAAAGCACCAGCGUACGAUUGCAGCGACCAAGACGGACCUUGCAAUGUGAGAUUAUUUAUGGUCAAAGUAACGGUUGAAAUGAAGGAGGAUUCCAGGAUAACGGUUUUGGAGUGUUUUGGGGAUCCACAGAACAAGAAGAAGAUCGCAGCUGAGCAGGCAGCAGAAGCAGCGCUUUGGUAUCUCAAGAAUGCUGGUUAUACACUUCAGACAGGAAAAGCUUCUGGUCGCCGAAGGCGGACAAAACCCGUUACAGAAGACGAUGGUAACAGAAAAACCGUGUAA